AUUCCUGUAAAUGAUGGUGACGCUUCAAAGGCCAGACUGGAACUAAGGGAAGAGAAUCCCUUGAACCACAACGUGGUGGAUGCCACUACUGGUCAUAGGAUCGAUGGCCUGGCAGCACUGAGCAUGGACCGCACUGGCCUGAUCCGGGAAGGGCUUCGAGUCCCCGGCAACAUCGUCUACUCUAGCUUGUGCGGACUGGGCUCCGAGAAAGGUCGGGAGGCUGCCGCGAGCACGCUAGGUGGUCUCGGGUUCUCUUCUGAGAGAAAUCCAGAAAUGCAGUUCAAACCGAACACCCCCGAGACCGUGGAGGCUUCCGCCGUCUCGGGAAAGCCCCCAAACGGCUUCAGUGCUAUAUAUAAGACACCACCCGGAAUACAAAAAAGUGCUGUGCCCACAGCCGAAACACUGGGCUUGGACAGGCCUGCCAGCGACAAACAGAGCCCUCUCAACAUCAAUGGUGCUAGUUACCUGCGGCUGCCCUGGGUCAAUCCCUACAUGGAGGGGGCCACUCCAGCCAUCUACCCGUUCCUUGACUCGCCAAAUAAGUAUUCACUGAACAUGUACAAGGCCUUGCUACCUCAGCAGUCCUACAGCUUGGCCCAGCCGCUGUAUUCUCCGGUCUGCACCAACGGGGAGCGCUUUCUCUACCUGCCGCCGCCUCACUACGUCAGUCCCCACAUCCCGUCGUCCCUGGCUUCGCCCAUGAGGCUCUCGACGCCUUCGGCCUCCCCGGCCAUCCCACCUCUGGUCCACUGCGCAGACAAAAGCCUGCCCUGGAAGAUGGGCGUCAGUCCCGGGAACCCCGUCGAUUCCCACGCCUAUCCCCACAUCCAGAACAGUAAACAGCCUAGGGUGCCCUCCGCCAAGGCGGUCACCAGUGGCCUGCCCGGGGACACAGCCCUCCUGUUGCCCCCCUCGCCCCGGCCUUCACCCCGCGUCCACCUGCCCCCCCAGCCCACUGCAGACUCGUACUCCGAAUUUCACAAGCACUACGCCAGGAUCUCCACGUCACCGUCCGUCACCCUGUCAAAGCCAUACAUGACGGUCAGCAGUGAGUUCCCCUCGGCCAGGCUCUCCAACGGCAAGUAUCCUAAGACUCCGGAAGGGGCCGACAGUGCCCAGCCGGUUCCCGGGCACCCCCGGAAAACAGCAGGUCAAGACAGAAAAGACGGGGGCUCGCCGCCUCUGUUGGAGAAGCAGACGGUUACCAAAGACGUCACCGAUAAGCCCCUCGACUUGUCUGCUAAAGUGGUAGAUGUCGAUGCUUCCAAAGCUGACCACAUGAAAAAGAUGGCUCCCACGGUCCUCGUGCACAGCAGAGCUGGAAGCGGCUUAGUGCUGUCCGGAAGCGAGAUUCCGAAAGAAACAUUAUCUCCUCCCGGAAGCGGCUGUGCUAUCUAUAGAUCUGAAAUCAUUAGCACGGCUCCCUCGUCCUGGGUGGUGCCCGGGCCGAGCCCUAACGACGAGAACAAUGGCAAAAAUGUGCCGCCGAAAAACAAGGCCUUGGACUGGGCCAUACCACAGCAGCGGAGUUCAUCGUGUCCCCGCAUGGGCGGCACCGACGCCGUGGUCGCUAACGUCGCAGGGUCGGUAUCGAGCGCGGGCCGCCCAGCCUCCGCGUCGCCUGCGCCAAAUGCCACCGCAGACGGCUGCAAGACCGGCAGGAGCUCCAUGGACACCACGCCGUCCGUCAUUCAGCACGUGGGCCAGCCCCCGAGCACGCCGGCCAAGCACGGCGGCAGCACCGGCGGCAAGGGUGCCAAAGCCAGCAACCCGGAGCCGAGCUUCAAAGCGAACGAGAAUGGCCUCCCGCCGAGCUCGAUAUUUCUGUCUCCAAGUGAGGCUUUCAGGUCCCCACCGAUCCCCUACCCCAGGAGUUACCUCCCUUACCCAGCGCCCGAGGGCAUUGCUAUCAGUCCCCUCUCCUUACACGGCAAGGGACCCGUCUACCCCCACCCGGUUUUGUUGCCCAACGGCAGUCUCUUUCCCGGGCACCUUGCCCCAAAGCCCGGACUGCCCUACGGGCUGCCCACAGGCCGGCCGGAGUUUGUCACCUACCAGGACGCACUGGGGUUGGGCAUGGUGCAUCCCAUGUUGAUACCUCACACGCCCAUCGAGAUCACGAAAGACGAGAAGCCAGAGAGGAGGUCCCGCUCCCACGAGAGAGCCCGCUAUGAGGACCCGACGCUCCGGAACCGGUUUUCCGAGAUGCUGGAAGCUAGCGGCACGAAGUUACACCCGGACGUCCCCGCCGCCGACAAGAGCCUAAAGCCGAGCCCCGGCUGGAGUCAAGGGAAGACGGUCGUCAAGAGCGACAAGCUUGUCUACGUAGACCUUCUCCGCGAAGAGCCGGAGGCCAAAACUGACGCCAACGGGUCCAAACCGGGCUUCGCGGCGGAGAGCGUGGGCCAGAGCGCCGAGCCCGCCAAGCCCCCGGCCGACCCGGCCCUGCAGCCACACCGCGAUUUCAUCGCCCUGAGAGAGGAGUUGGGGCGCAUCAGCGAUUUCCACGAAGCUUACGCGUUCAAACAGGCCCCGGGCCAGUCAGUCUUCAGCCUGAGCAAGGAGAACGUUCCAGCGGGGACCAACAAGGAGAACCUGGGGAUGCCGGUGGCGACUCCCUUCCUGGAGCCGACUCUGGGGAGCGAUGGCCCUGCUGUGACUUUCGGUAAAACCCAAGAGGAUCCCAAACCAUUUUGCGUGGGCAGUGCCCCACCGAGCGUGGACGUCGCCCCCACCUAUACCAAAGAUGGAGCCGAUGAGGCGGAAUCGAACGAUGGCAAAGUUCUGAAACCGAAGCCGUCGAAGCUGGCAAAGAGGAUCGCCAACUCCGCCGGUUACGUGGGUGACCGAUUCAAGUGUGUCACUACCGAACUGUAUGCAGAUUCCAGCCAGCUCAGCCGGGAGCAGCGGGCCCUGCAGAUGGAAGGAUUACAAGAGGACAGUAUUUUAUGUCUCCCCGCUGCUUACUGUGAGCGUGCAAUGAUGCGCUUCUCAGAGCUGGAGAUGAAAGAGAGAGAAGGUGGCCACCCAACAGCCAAAGACUCCGAGGUGUGCAAAUUCAGCCCCGCUGACUGGGAGAGGUUGAAAGGAAAUCCGGACAAAAAGCCAAAGUCGGUCGCCCUGGAAGAGGCCAUUGCCGACCAGAAUGACAAUGAGAGAUGCGAAUACAGUGCUGGAAACAAACACGAUCCCUUUGAAGCGCCGGAGGACAAAGAUCUUCCCGUGGAGAAAUACUUCGUGGACAGGCAGCCUGCGAGCGAGCCCCCCGCCGACCAGGCGGCCGGGGACAUGCCACACAGCCCCACCCUCCGGCUGGACAGAAAGCGCAAAGUCUCAGGUGACAGCAACCACACCGAGACCGCAGCGGAAGACCUGCCGGAGGACCCUCUGCUGAAAGCCAAGCGAAGACGGGUCUCCAAAGGGCUCCAUCCUAAAAAGCAACGCCACUUGCUGCACCUUAGAGAACGGUGGGAGCAGCAGGUGUCGGCAGCAGAGAGCAAACCUGGCCGGCAGGGCAGGAAGGAAGUGACCCAGGCAGUUCAGCCUGAGGUCACUGCCCAGGGCAAUAACAGCCCCGAAGAGAAACCUGGCAGGAAAAGGGCAGAGGCCAAAGGCAACAGAAGCUGGUCGGAGGAGUCCCUCAAAUCCAGUGACAACGAACAAGGCUUGCCUGUGUUCUCCGGCUCUCCGCCCAUGAAGAGCCUUUCAUCCACCAAUGCAAGCGGCAAAAAGCAGCCUCCGCCAAGCUGCGCGCCAGCCUCGAGGCCGCCUGCCAAACAGCAGAAAAUUAAAGAAAGCCAGAAGACAGAUGUGCUGUGCACAGACGAAGAAGAAGAUUGCCAGGCUGCCUCCCUGCUGCAGAAAUACACCGACAACAGCGAGAAACCAUCCGGGAAGAGACUGUGCAAAACCAAGCAUUUGAUCCCUCCGGAGCCCAGGCAGGGCUUGUCGCUGACCGGAGACUACUAUGUGGAGAACACUGACGGCAAGGUGACCGUCCGGAGGUUCAGAAAGCGGCCCGAGCCCAGUUCCGACUACGAUUUGUCACCGGCCAAGCAGGACCAGAAGCCCUUCGACCGUUUGCAACAACUGCUGCCGGCUUCCCAGUCUUCCCAGCUGCCGCGCUCAAGCUCCCCUCCCGAGACCACCCAGUCGCGCCCGAUGCCGCCAGAAGCACGGAGACUUAUUGUCAAUAAGAACGCAGGCGAGACCCUCCUGCAGCGGGCAGCCCGGCUUGGCUACGAGGAAGUGGUCUUGUACUGCCUGGAGAACAAGAUUUGUGACGUGAACCAUCGAGACAACGCCGGUUACUGUGCCCUGCACGAGGCUUGUGCCAGGGGGUGGCUCAACAUUGUGCGACACCUCCUUGAAUAUGGCGCGGACGUCAACUGCAGUGCCCAGGACGGAACAAGACCUCUCCACGAUGCCGUCGAGAACGAUCACUUGGAAAUCGUCCGUUUGCUCCUCUCUUAUGGUGCUGACCCCACUUUGGCUACGUACUCAGGUAGAACCAUCAUGAAAAUGACCCACAGCGAGCUUAUGGAAAAGUUUUUAACAGAUUAUUUAAAUGACCUACAGGGUCGCAGUGACGAAGAUUCCAAUGGCUCCUGGGAGUUCUAUGGCAGCGCUGUGUGCGAGCCAGAUGACGAAAGCGGAUAUGACGUUUUGGCAAACCCCCCGGGGCCGGAGGACCAGGAUGACGACGAUGAGGCCUACAGCGACGUGUUUGAAUUUGAGUUCUCAGAAAGCCCCCUCUUACCGUGUUAUAACAUCCAAGUGUCCGUCGCUCAGGGGCCUCGAAACUGGCUGUUGCUCUCGGACGUGCUCAAGAAACUGAAGAUGUCCUCCCGCAUAUUCCGGUGCAACUUCCCAAAUGUGGAAAUCGUCACCAUCGCAGAGGCAGAGUUUUACCGGCAAGUUUCGGCAAGUCUCCUGUUCUCUUGCUCCAAAGACCUGGAAGCCUUUAACCCCGAAAGCAAGGAGCUCUUAGACCUGGUGGAGUUCACCAGCGAGCUUCAGACUCUGCUGGGCUCCUCCAUGGAGUGGCUCCACCCCGGCGACAUGGGCUCGGACGACUACUGGAGAAAACAAACAAUGAGGAAACGGAGUUCCACACUUUGACGCGACGUCACACAGAGCUCCCUCGUCGGAGGGCCACGACUCUUGCGAGUGUGGUCCGAGCCACGCGGCUGGUUUCGGGGAGUGAGUUGGGUGAAGGCGCUUGGCAAUUGUUGUACCUUUAUGUUUUGUUUACAGAGUACCUGCUCGGGCCAGGUCAAUGCUAUUGGAUGUAAUCCGGUAGUGUGUAAUAUAAAUUCAAACCAUAUCCACACACAACAACUAAUUGUAUGAAACUUUUAUAUCCUAAUUUAAAAAGCUGUGAAAUUAGUUUUCACGCAUCAAACCGGAUUGUUUAUAUGUUUAAACAUUUUAUGCUCUUAUUUAAAGAAGACUGAGCUAUUUUUUUCUGUACCCUGUAAAAUAUUGAGAACUAACAUAAUAAUGUCGAGGUUGCUUGGAAAUGUACAUAAAACUAAAAUUUUCUGAAUUGUGUGUUUAUGUUUGAAAUCUGUGUUUUAACUUUGUAAGUAAAUUCUCUGCCUUUGUAUUUAUAUUUUACAAAAAUUUUCUUAAAAGGCAAUAAACCUGUUGCGGAAAGGAGAAAAUUGGA